CAUGUCAUCACAUUGGAUCCCCUUAUUUUCUCUCAUGUUUUCUGUUGUGCAGGCUGCAGAUGGGUUCCUGUUUGUAGUGGGCUGUGAUCGUGGGAAAAUAGUUUUUGUCUCAGAGUCCGUCACGAAGAUGUUAAAUUAUAGUCGGGUGGAGCUGAUUGGACAGAGCCUGUUUGAUUACAUACACCCAAAGGACAUGGAAAAAGUGAAGGAGCAGCUGUCAGCUUCUGAAUUAUACCCUCGGGAACGCCUGAUCGAUGCUAAAACGGGUCUGCAGGUCCAGGCUGACCUCCCAGUCGGUGCAGUGCGGCUGUAUUCAGGUGCACGCCGCUCAUUCUUCUGCCGCAUGAAGUACAACAAGAUUUCUGUCAAAGUGGAGGAGAAGGAAUUCCAAGCAAGCACCUCCAAAAAGAAAGAGUCGCAGAAGUACUGCACGGUCCACUGCACAGGCUACAUGCGCAGCUGGCCUACCAGUCAGGUUGGAGCAGAGGGGGAGGGCGAGGCAGACAAGCAGGAUAGCUCCCACUUCAGCUGCCUGGUGGCGAUGGGACGCGUGCACUCCCACUCAUCUCCCCAGAUUAAUGGAGAAGUCUGCGUUAAACCCACGGAGUUCUUCACACGCUAUGCUAUGGAUGGCAAAUUCACCUUUGUCGAUCAAAGAGCCACAACCAUUCUUGGUUAUCUUCCCCAAGAAUUGCUUGGGACAUCAUGCUAUGAGUACUUCCAUCAAGACGACUUACCGCAUUUGGCUGACAAGCAUCGAAAAGUGCUGCGGAGUAAAGACAAAAUAGAGACAAACUGCUAUAAGUUCAAAACAAAAAAUGGCUCUUUCGUCACUCUGCAAAGUCAGUGGUUUAGUUUUGUAAAUCCCUGGACCAAAGAAGUAGAAUACAUAGUUUCAACUAACACGGUUAAAUCGUGCGAUCACAGUCGAACUGAUCGUUCAGGAAACGAGUCUGAACAGUCGAGCGAUUACAAGACUUCUGACGAAGUAGGCCAGAAGUCCCUUCCAGUUAUACCAGGCAUCUCCACCACACCUGGAGCUAUGAUUUAUGCUGGGAGCAUUGGGACCCAGAUUGCCAAUGAGCUGCUGGAUUACAACAGGAUGAACUCGUCACCUUCCAGUGGUAGCGUCAGCCCGUUCAGUCUACCACGCGAUAAGUGUCCUCAAACUCACAAUCAAAUCAGCAACAAUGUGCCAAGUGGAGAGGCAAUAGAUAUAGAGAUUCCAGGAAAGUCCAGCUCAGAGGAUGAGCCCCAGGGAGCUGCAUUCUCAGGGGCAGAAUCACUCAUGGAAGAGAACUCCCAGCAGGAUUUGGACGGCGUGGUUGGACCAGGGCUUAGUAGCCUGAGCAAUGAUGACGCAGCCAUGGCAGUGUUCAUGAGCCUCCUGGAGAAGGACACAAACGUGGGCGAGGCUGUGGACUUCGAAGAGAUGCAUUGGUCUUUAUAGAAUCUGCUCUUACAGUGUGAUGCUGUAGCACCGCGUAAAACACCCGGACAUCAUUUUUGUGAUGGGAAAUGCUUCUAUGCUUUUCUGUAACACAGCAUUCCUUUUUGUCAAUGGGCUUUUUUCAUUUAUAACCUUUUUCCACCUAAGCUGUGUAGUCUUCGUGUGGCUGCUCUAACAGGGAGCGGGAUCGACAACAACAAGGGACACCUUGUUGUCGGAAGGAGGAUGUGCCUCUAAAGCCUUACAGCGGUUUGCCUGCCCUGAAAAGCUGUUGUUCACUGCUCUCGUCACAUCUACUGGCAUCCUCUGUUUAACUGAGGAGGCCUCAUAAGGUUGAAGAACCCAUGAACACAAAUGACAGUGGCAUGACGGGACUCUCUCCUCCACCUACAAUUGAAGGGGUUAGGAGUGAUGAUGCAAAAAAAAAAAAAAAAAAAAAAACACCAAACAAUUGCACUGAAUUGAUUUCAUGUUUUUUUAAAAGGUUGUAUUUUGAUUUGACCUGGCCCAUCUCUGUUACCCCUCAGGAUCCAAGCCGUUGGCAGCCAGUGUGUACCACGGCAGACCACACUUCCAUAACCUCUAACUUUGAGUCGCCUAACGGUGUGCCACUCAGAGAUUUUCUCUUGUCAGUAUCUGAACAUUCUCCAUGAAAACAAUCCAGCAACCUCUUACCUUGUACACUGACUUGAAAAAAAACUAUAUAUGUGUGGAUUUGGUUGCAAACACCAUGUCUUCAAACUAUAUCUGUCCUAAAGGGAUAGUUUGUGUGAAAAUAAUAUUUUAGUAUGUACCCUUGUAUAGAUAUUAUAGAUAUUAAUCCCUCAAUGUUGGCUGCCCUUGAUUGGAUUUGUCCUAGCUCUGAACAUUAAAUAUUUAUCGGCAGAGAUGAUCCACCUACAUACAUUUGUCAGAGAGCAGCCAGUGUUGAUGGUUGACCAUUCAUGAAUCAAUAGGGCUUUCUGAGCACUACAGUAAUACUUCAUGUAAAGUGAAACCUUAGAGGUGCUAAAAUGGAGGUUUGGCAUCAAACCCCCUUUCACAUUUUAGACAUUUUAUCGAAACAUGUUUGAGGUUGAUCUGAGUCCGAUGGUAGAAGUGUUAACUCAGGGAGUGAUGGAAACGGAGCCGCCCCGUUUAAACGUACAAUGACACAGUUCGGAGUAACUGUAACAGUAUGUUGUCCUCCAGUUAAAGUUUUCCAUACUUACCUCAAAGUAUAUAUUGUUAAAGAGUCUGUACUUGUUCACCUGUGCAUCUGUGUUCUUACACUUAUUGUCAGCUUUAUAAUCUUGCAGGUAAGCCAUAACUUUAGCUGUUUAUUUUCCUUUAUAUUAUGUACUGACCAUUUAUAAAAAGACAUGGUCCUUUUUAGUUGCUUUCUAACUCCAUGCAAUUGUCCCUCCCAUAUCAUGCAUGACUCUAAAACUCCAGAAGGCAGAAGAUUAUACUGCUGACUUGAAAUAUAUCAAAUUUGGUGAUUCACUGAGUUGUGUGGAUCCCUUUUGCAAUUUACCUCAUGCAGAAUUCUUUUGUUUGCUCAUUUUUACAAUUGUACAUCCUUUUUUUUUUUUUUUUUUUUUUUUACUAACAAAACAUUGACAGUCAUGUCAUGAUUAAUGUUAGUGACCCAUUGUUGAGAGUCAUGUGGUAGCCAGAUGGCCUUGUGGGUGAAUAUAAGGUACAAAUGAAGAAUUACCCAAGUAUGUCAAACUGUCACAUCAGCCUUGCAGAUGACAAAUAAUACUAACAUUAUAUACAUAAUUUCAGUUGAAGAAAAUUGUUGUAUUGGUUUGUUUAAAACUAUUUGAUUAUGGGCUUAUUUGAUACCCGUUUGACUGUUUGUUACAUUUAUCACAUUUCUUUUACCUGACUGAUUUUGAGUGUUGUAGAUUCCUGGAGUCUCAGUGGGAGUGUACUGAAAAAAACAUGUAAGCUUCAUUUUGAGAUUUUGUAAAAAGUGUUUCAACCACAUACCUAAACCAGUCAGUCAAAAAUAUCUGUUGUAUUGCUACCCAAAUAUACAAUACAUGGAACUGUGUAGCUUUCAUGCCAUCAUUCAUAUUGGUGUCUCGGGGACACGAUUUAUAGUCACCUCAUGAGGACUCUUUAGACUUUUCCAACAAGAACUCUUGAAGACAUUGUUGUGAAUUAAAGAAAACUUUUCUUUAUCUAAUGCUUGAGUAAUGAGCCAGUGGAUGGACCAGCUGAGCUCACAAGGACCCUCCUGCCUGUGUCUGAAGUGCCUUUGGACAUGUCUGCUCGGACACUCGAUGAACCUGUGUUGCUUAUGGAGACCGCCUCGCACCUGGCAACCUCCGCAGACUGAAAGGAGGGCUAAAAUGUAUCAUUGGAUUGACUUGACGCAUACUGUGCUCAUCGUGAAUGAAGCGGAAGCCUGUUGACGGCUAAAACAGGAAUUGUAUUGUACACGUUGGCGUCAGCACUCUCUCACUACCUAACCAAACAAGCAGAGCUACGGAGUUGUGCCAUAGACACAGCCUGGUCUUUUUAAAGGCAACAAGUUCAUUUCGUAUUGUUAUUUUGGUCCCUGUUCCUCUGGUUUAAUCAUUUUGCUGUAUUGGUUGUAAUUUCCCCCUGAAAUCUAAAACAUUGCUUCCACUUCAGCUUAAUUGGUGAUGACAGAGAUAAUAAACCUUGCUAAGAGGUCACAUAUUGUUCCCUUCUCUCUCUGUUUGAAAAAAACAGAGUUUUUAAGAAAGGGAACAUUAUGUUUUGAUUUGAUGCCCGGCUUUGUUACUAGUUGCAUGACCAUUUUUGUACAAUUUAUUAUUUGCAUCAAUAGAAAUGUAAAGUUGAAAGACUGAUGACAUAGGCAACUAUCGCUGCACAGGAGGAAGGGCAUUAAUCCUAUUUUGGGCUGUUGGCAGCUUGUUACUGCCUCCAUUGCACCACUUCCUGUCACUCUAAAUUUAUUCUGGUUUGAUUUUUGGGCCCCAGAGGAAGCACUUACUGUAUAUGUCUAUUGCUGCUGUGCUAUCAACAUGUCUGGACUUUCUUGUCAUGUUAUUAAUAAAUAUUAGUUUAACAAACCA